AUGGUUCUGUCUCAGAAGCUUCACGAAGCUUUCAAAGGCACCGUGGAGAGGAUCACUGGCCCAAGAACCGUUUCCGCCUUCAAAGAAAAGGGUGUUCUCAGUGUCUCCGAGUUCGUUACCGCCGGCGAUAGUCUCGUUGCCAAGUGCCCCACCUGGUCCUGGGAAUCGGGUGAGUCAGGGAAGAGGAAGCCGUAUUUGCCACUUGAGAAACAGUUCUUGAUUACUAGAAAUGUGCCUUGUCUUCGGAGGGCUGCAUCUGUUGAAGAAGAAUACGAAGCUGCCGGAGGGGAAGUUCUGCUUGAUGGCGAAGAUAAUGAUGGUUGGCUAGCCACUCAUGGGAAACCUAAGGAAAACAAAUCUGAUGAAGAUGAGAAUUUACCUUCCAUGGAAAGCUUAGAAAUCAGCAAAAAAAAUUCUAUUAAGCAAAUUUCUUCUUACUUGGGAACCGAGGAUGAUGAAGAUAUUCCAGAUAUGGAAGAAUUCGAUGAUAAUAGCAAUGUUAUGGAAAAUGAUCCUUCCACGUAUCUUGUAGCUCAUGAACCUGAAGAUGAUAAUAUUCUACGAACCCGAACUUAUGAUAUCAGUAUCACGUAUGAUAAAUAUUAUCAAACGCCACGAGUAUGGCUUACUGGGUAUGAUGAGACUAGAAUGCUUUUGCAACCAGAACUUGUCCUUGAAGAUGUCAGUCAAGACCAUGCUCGCAAAACGGUAACAAUUGAAGAUCAUCCACACUUGCCUGGGAAGCAUGCAUCUAUUCAUCCAUGUCGACAUGGAGCAGUGAUGAAGAAAAUCAUUGAUGUGUUGAUGUCACGUGGAGUUGAGCCUGAAGUUGACAAGUACCUAUUCUUGUUCCUAAAAUUCAUGGCUUCUGUAAUUCCAACAAUAGAGUACGAUUACACCAUGGACUUUGAUCUUGAUGGUAACUGCAAGUUCAUUGAUCCAAAGCACCAAUGCUUUCUGUCUAUUUCUGAGUAUAAUCUUCAGUUGUCACACAGUUGGUGUACAUGUCAUAGAGCAGGGGAUAGCAGCAGUGUGAAGAAAAUAAAUUCAGCUUGUGAUGUUGAGGCUUUAAAAAAGUGUCUGGAAGAGAGCAAGGGAGACUAUGUCAAAUGUCAGACACAAAUUGAGGCUUUCAAAUCAUCAUGCUCAAUCAAGAAACAAAACCCCUCUCUUGAUUCUGCUGCACAUUAG